GUCAGGGGUGAGGCCAGAGUCCUUGUCCCUGCACUGCAUGUCUCCCCUGGCCACGGGGGUGUGUCCAGAUGGACGCAGACCUGUGUACAUACGUCUCCGUGAACUGUGCUCCGUGUACCCUGGAAUCUGUCAGCCAGAGUGACUUGCAAAUGUCCCUGUGAUCUGAACCCAAAUUCAAAACCUGGUCAGCAAGUCCCUUCAGAUCUCUGUGCAGCUGAUUCAGUAGGUGGUGACCAGGGAGGGAGGGAGAGAGAGAGAGAGAGAGCCCAGGACUCUGACGAGGGGCUGGAGGCUCACCCACUGUGGAGGGCGGAUCCAAGGGCCUCAGAUUUCCAAGAAAGAGGCCACAGGCUCCAUUGCUCUUGUGGGUGUGACACAGCGACAGUCCCUGGGGCCAUGUGGAGUGAGGACUGAGAAGGUGGACACAGACUACACCAUUCCCAGGCUGUCUUUCAUCUUGGUUGUACUCUGCAAGGCGCUGCUGAGGGAAGAUGCUGGAAGGUGGAAUGUUCCGUGGAGCAUCUGUGGGGAACGAGCCUCCCUCUGACACCAGGGCCGCUCUCUCACAUUCGUGGAGGAGAGAGCCCUUCCUGACCUCAGGAGACUGGCCCCUGAAUGGAACCUUCUAGAAGAUGGAAUGGGGCAGCCAAGGAGGGCAGGCAGGACCUGGUGCGGGUCAGCCCGGGAGGGAGCCCCUGAGAAGGGAAGUGACUUGGGGAUGUUGCUCUGUUGUUAUUCUAGGGUGAGUGGGGUAGGGGGGCGAGUGUCUCCAGGAGAAGCCCCUGCUCAUAUUACCGUUCUCUCCUAAACUUCUGGAAGAAGAUGUGUGGAAUCAAGAGGGAUGAAAUGAAACAGAAGGUGGUGAAUAUGAAAGAGAGGACAAUCACCCUGGGAGAAUGAGCAGGGGCGGGCUGAUCCCAAGGACUGGAAGAUUCACUGCUCUGUGUUUGAGAGCAAUCCCAGGAUUUCUAGUAAAAAGAACCUUUGGAGAAAACCAAGUGACUGAGAUUGAGGCCACUGAGGGGACCCGCUGGAGAUGGGAGCCAGCACAGGAGCUGGAAGUUCUCAGGAGGGCAAGCCCAAGGAUGGAGAAUGCAGCUGCAGUGGGCACAGAAAGGGUACCCCAGCCAGAUGGGGCAGGAUGCCCAAACCAAAUCAAAGAAUUGGGGGGCAGGGGCUCUAAGCAAACACACAGCAGGACAGCUGAGAAGUGACCGUUCUCUGCUGAAAUCUAGUACCAACAUUUGGCAUCCAAAUGUCAAUGAACCGAUGUCUUUGCUUGAAGAUGGCCAUCUGAGCAUCCAGGGUGGUGAUGGGAGUGUGGAACCACGCAGUGAGUGAACACGAAUGCCCAUCUGCUUCCCCUGGGGCUCAGGCAGCACACAGAGCCAUUGCUUUGCUAACUCGGUGACAGAAGUCCCGGAGGUGCGCACGGGUGUCUGGGAAGCAUUUCUGUGACACCGAGUGUCCGUCCUCUCCCUGUUGCAGGAGCGUCCAGGAGUGCGGUCCUCAUGCCCUCCUGUCCCCGUUCUGUCUGCUUGGCCCUCCCACUCAGACAACAGGUCAGGAGUGCUAUUGGCUUUGAAGUCAACCCCAGCUGGGCCCCUUUUCCCCAGAAGACACUGGCAAAGUAUUCGCUGCUGAGUCUUAGCUUCUCCUCCGUGGGAUGGGAGUGACGUCCCAUGCAACACCUCGCCUCUUGUCUCCGUGGGACAUGAUUAGACAGUUGGACCGGCAGGACUCCCGGAUCCUGGCAGGAGAUGUGGCCGGCAGCAUCCACGGCUCGCUCAGGGGGACUUGUCCGCAGAGGAGACCAUCCAACCCCUGGGGGACCAGGAGCCAUUCUCUGAGACAGUGCAGGUACGAGGACGUGAGACCCACAGCAGCAGGGUAUUCUCCUGCACAAUCUGAAGGCCCUGCAGCCAUCUCGAAAUCUCUAGAAAGUCAGUGUUGCAAAUCCACUUAACGUUACUAAGUCUUGACCUGUGACCUUUGUACGGUAUGGAGCCCACAGCCACAGGACGGACUGAGAAGAGUUUCAGCUAUGUUGUCAGAGCCCCCAGCAGUGAUGGGUUUGACGUAAUGAAUGUUGAUGUGAAGAUCGACACGUGCUGGGUAUUCCAGGACGCAGAGGACAGUGGUGAGGAGCGGGGCCGUCCUGCGGACGGAGCAGCUGGAAGCCCAGACAUGGAUACGGACACGCUCAGGAAGCAGCUGGAAUCCUCUGAGCAGAAGCUGUGGGCAGCUGUGGACAAGUACGUGAUGUCCGAGUCCGGGCUGAGGAGCAGAAUCCAGGAGCUGGAGUUGUCCGAGAGACACCUCCUCCAGACGGUGGAGCAGCUGAACACCCGCAUGAUGCAGGAAAGGAGCGCUGCUGUCCGAGCCCAGGAGAAGCUGGAAGCCUUGCAGGGGGAGCUGGCCAGCCAGGAUUUCCAAGGGGCCUCAGCCACAGCCCCACAGUCACGAGAUGUUCCCAGUGUGACGGGGAGACAGAAGCCGAGGGUGCAAGCAGGGACAGUGCCGUCGGGGGGCUCAGAGGCACGGCGGGACCAGCAGGUUCUGGAGCAGGAGCAUGCGGCCCGGCGGCAGCGGUGGCGACUGCGGCGGCUGCGGGAGCGGCUGCGGCGCAAGGACGAGGCGCUGGGGCGGCAGGCGGCGGCCCUGGAGAGCUGCCGGCGGACCCAGCGACUCCAGCUGGGCCUGGUGCGCGAGCAGGAGCGCGGCCUGCGGGAGCAGGUGCAGCGGCUGGAGCUGGACGUGCGGCGCCUCUGUCGCGCCGCUGGUCUCUUGCUGGCCGAGCUGGACGCCCCGGCCCUGGGCAGCCCCCACCCCCUCGGCCCGGCCGGCCCCCAGGACUACCCUGGGGAGGCUGGGGAGCUGCGCGCCCUGCAGGCGCGGGCCGAACGUGGCGAGCGCGAGCGGGUCGAGGCGGCGCGCCGGCUUCAGGAGCAGCGCGCCAGAGAGCGCGGGCUCCGCGGGCAGCUGGAGGACCUGCGCUGCUGCAUCUAUGCGCUCAAGCUGUCGGAGAUCGGCCUGCAGGGACAGGUGGAGGACCUCGCCCAGCAAAACCGCAGCCUGCGAGAGGCGCUGGCAGCCCGGGCCCAGGCAGAGGGAGCGCGCAGCACCGCCACUACUGGUCACUGCAGCCCGGGCACUCUGAGCCGUAUUCAGGACGAACCACUGUCCCCGCCCAGGGAGGAUGCACAGGAUGCCUGCAGAAGACAAGCCCCGAAAGCCACCCUCAGCUCCGCCGGGGCCCCUGGACCGGGAGGCUCUGCAGGACAGUCUUCUGAGAGCCGCUGCUCCUGGGGCUGUGUUGGGGCUGGACAAGGCCCCUCUGUUUUGGUGCCAGGCCUGGAGACCACGGAUGAGUCCCUGGAAGAUGUUAUAGGAUCUGACUGUGGACAGCCGACUCCAGCUGAGCCCAGCUUGGAUGAACAGGCCCUCCUUCUCAUCUGUGGCUGCCUCCCCGGGCAGUACAGGGACGGCUCACCCCUCCCUGUGGAGCUGGCCUGGAUUUCGGAGCAGAGGCUAGCAGCUGCCCAGGCCCAGGGGUCCUUUCUCCUGGUACAGACGUCCACACCCCCUCCCUGGGGGCCAGCCAGGGACCCCUCUUCCCUGCUGCCACCGCUGUUGCUCCAGAAGGCUUUUCCACAGGACUCCCAAAUGCAACAGGUGCUGGAUGCCAGGUCAUCGCCUGCUCCCAGAGCCAUAGGACAGCCCUGUCAGGAUCAUCACUGGGCACAGAGCCCCGAAGCCUCCCUCUGCCAGGAGUCCCCACGGACUUCAAGCCACCAGUUUCCCAGGAGAGGGUCUAGAGAUCCGAAAGACCCUUGGAAGGAGGGAGGACCCCCAGAGUGGAGAACCGAGGAGCAGGGCGCGAGGAGGGCUUGGGGCAAGAAGGAGGAAGACCUUGGUAACGAGAGCAAGCUAAGUCAGGAGAGCCGAGAGAACCUGAGCUUGCAGGAUGGCAUCGGAGCCCUAGAGGGCAUGCAGAUAGAGAACAGGGCUUCAGAAACCCAGGCCUCUGUCUCCUGCCCCUGGCCCAGGCCAAAGCUCCCACUGCCUCUUCUGCAGGGGGAGGCCUCAGUGUCUACUGAGGGGCCCAAACCUCUGAGUAGAACGGGGAGGGAGGGGGGACUUUCAUCAGAGGAGGAGGAAGAGCACCCCACAGCCAGGGCCCGGGGCGCCCAGAGGCCGUCUCCAGCAGGAGCUCAGCUCCUUGAAGGGCAGGGCAAGGAGGAAACUCUUGUGUGGUCUGCAAAGGCUCUGCAUCUUCAAGAGGAAAGCCCUGGGGACGAAGGGCAAGAAGAGAAGGAGGAGGAGGCAUCGCUUCUAGAAGGGCCCAGUUUGGGCCACGGGGAUGUCCCAGAGGAGCCUGGCCCCUCGGAAUGUGUGGGCCAGGAUACGCUCUUCUCAGUGGCAGAGGAAGGUCUGAUGCUGUGUCCCGGGUUGGCCUUUCCACCAAAGGGGACCGAACCUAGCAGCGACCCGUGGGCUCUGAGCAAAGGACCUGGCAGUUCUGAGCUCAGACUAGAAGAAUUUGAAAAGGAGAUGGAAGCUUGUUUCCAGCAACUCUCCAUCCUGGAGCUUGGGGGUGCAGGGUGGUGGCUGCAAGCGUCCACGCUGAUGGGAGAGAGCAGGAGCUUGGCUUGGAAAUGGCCCAGCUGCCAGGGGAAGGCUUACUCUUGGCAGGCUUUAGGAAACGAGGGCUUAGAUAUUUGUUCAGACAGGGAAGUCAAACCCAGGGAGCCCAGUGAAGAGGUUAAACCAGGAGAGAUGGAGGCCUUGGGAACCAGUGCGGUUCUUCCUGGGACGGUGCCUGAUUUGGAUGACGUGAGUCUGGGCCCAGAGUGGCCUGCUGAGCUGGGUCAGAAUCAGCCACGGAGAGCCCUUGAAAGACAGAGGAGAAGGUUCCACCAGCUCAUUUCUGGACUGAAAAAAGAGAGAGGCCAGGUUUUACAUGACAACGCCGAGCUUCGGAGCGACCGAGAGAAAUGUCUUAGAAAACUGCACAUCCUCGAGAAAGAGAGGGGCAGAAACGGGACAAAGAUCGCCACACUCCAACGGGAAAACAGCAUGCUGUUAGGGGACAUCUCUCACUUAAAGGGGGAGUUGGACCAAUGCAGGCAGGUCAUUUCUGACCUUGAAGACUGCAAUGGGAAAAGUUACGGCAAAAUUUCUGAGCUCGAAGAGGAGAACGAGAAGCUGAAAAGGCACGUGGCCCAGCUUCAGAGAGCCACGUGGGAGAGCCUCAGAAAAUCCAAAGGUGUGAUGGAGCGCGUCACCCUGGGAAACCAGGAGCUCAAGGCUCUGAUCUCGGAGCUCGGGGUUGGUUACAAAGAGCUGAUGAAGGGCGUAGCGCUGGGGAUAGAAGACAUGGUCCGAGCCUUCAGGGGGGAGAAUGCCCACCUUCUGCACAGGAUCCGUGUCCUGGAGACGGAAGUCGAGUUGGGGGCGAGCACCGCGGUGGGCCGUGCGGUGGGAGCAGAGGAGGGUCCACAGGGGGAGAGCAAGAUGCGGGGGGACAAGGGGAACGCUGUGGAAAGGGAUGUGCAGGUGACUCAGCUCUCAGGGCAACCGACCUCAAGAGCCCACGGGCCGCCCUUGGAGGAGAAAUCAGGUCCGGCGGGCACGUGGAUGGCACCUUCCUUAGGUAUGGAGAAUUCCAGAUACGAUGCCAGUUCUGCCCCCCUGUCCUUGGUCGGGGGAGGUGCCGAAGUGCCCAGGGCCCGGCGAGGAAACAUCAAUGCAGCGGGAGUAAAAGAAUCACAUUUGGAAGAGGCGGAGGAAAGACCAGGGUGUUCUGCGGACCCAGGGCGAGCUCUGAUGACCGUGAGCAAUGGCCCCCAGCUGCGGGAGCCCGAGGCGAACCCCCCCACGGAGGACCUGAGGCUGCGCGUGGGGCAGCUCCAGCACCGCGUGCUGACCCUGCGGUGCCAGCUCAGAGACCAGGUGGCCGCCCACCUUCAGCUACAGGCAGCGCUCGAGGAAGCCGCCCGCCUCCGGGACCAGCUCCAGGGCGAGCUUAAUGAGCUUCAGAAAAAGCAACACGAGGCAAAUUUCGCUGUGGCUCCUUUGAAGGCCAAGCUGGCUUCCCUGGUCCAGAAGUGCCGCGAGAGGAACCUCCUGAUUGAGCACCUGCUGCAGGAGCUGCACAGACACGGGGAGAAUCAGUGGCUGUCCGAGACGGCACAUGGCAUGGUGGCCGACGUGGCGCUGGCCCAGUACGCGGCCGCCUUCCUGGCUCCGGGGCUCCCAGAGACCAGCCACCAUCUGGAUGUCGAGUCUGAGAAGGCAGCAGUUGAAAGAGCUCAAAAAUGCCUCCUGAAUCCCAAAAUGGACAGGGUCAUCAUCCAAAGACCUUUAUAUUCAGAGUCCUGGCCUGUUCCCGAGGCUGAAUGGCCAGCACAGAUGGCUCAACUGGAUUCUCUGAAGCUUGCCCUGCCCUCAGGGCAGACGCCCGCUCCUGGAGCAUGUCCGGCUGCAGCCGCCACGGAGCCAGCGCUCCCCGCGCAGUGCCUGCGAGAAGGUGGACCAUCCUGUCCCAUCCUCCCAGCUGAUGGCCUCCAGCCCCCCUCUGAGGUCCUGAGUCCCGUGAGGAUCCUGGCUUUCCACAAAGAGCUUCGACAAAGCAUUUGCAGCAAUUCCCAGGUCAAUAAAUCACCGCUGGAGUUAUAAAUUUAAUAGAACCACUCACGCUCUGGGGCCAUUUCGUAGACUCCAUAAAUAUUUGAGGCAGAACCUUGAGACACUGCUUUAAGCAAUUGGUAGCAAUCGAAGGCCUCAUUCAGAGGCAAGUGGUUUUGCCUUUGGCUCGGGGGUGGGGGUGGUCUGUGUUGGUUGUCAGGGCUUGGGAAAAAUACUGGACUCCGCUCGCACAUUCUGAGGGCUUCGGCUUUGGCUAAUGUCAAGGCAUCAAAGAGAAUAUUUACUGUCCCAAAACCUACUGAAUGACAGGUCCUUUGGUUCUCCACUGGGCAUGAUUUUUCCCAAGCAGGUAAAAUUUGGCAAUGUCCAGAGACAUUUUUUGUCGUCCCAACGGGGAAGUGCUCCUGGCUUCUAGUGGGCAGAGGCCAGGCUGCGGUUACACCGCCCACGCUGCACAAGACUGCGUCCUACAACAGAGAUUGCCCAGCCCGGAUGUUGACAGCGCCAGGGUGGGAAGCCCCAGAAUGGUCCGAUAGCUCCUAACAUUGCCAGGUGCAGAGAACAGUUUAGUUACAUUCCUGCCCUCAGGGCCUCUCCCGGUGUUUUAAAAGAUUUUCAUCUAUUAACAGAAACACUUGAUUUAAGUAAUUACAUAUUUGACAUUUUAAAACAUUGAAACCAACUAGAA